UCACUGACUCCCCAAAUUCCAGUUCCACCUCGCCGAAUACAAAAGCCGCACCCCCCACAGAGCAAGCUGCUCCACCAAUCGCAGCUCCGCUGCCCUCCACCUCCACCUCCAUGGACGAACCACCUCUCCAUACACCACUCUUCCCCAACGCCCUCACCACCGGCGAGUAGCGCCUCCAUGUUUCCUUGCCGGAUUCAGAUUUGAAGAGCAAAAAGUUCUGAUCCCUCCUUCCCACCAAGCAGCUUCUUUUAAUCUAUUAUCCACCGGAUUCUUUGGGCUUCUCCCUCAUGUCCGCGGCGGCAACCGGGCAAGAGGUGGCGCCGGCCAUCGUGGCGGCGGUCGAGGUGGAGGAGUGGGAGGUGUGCGCGUGCUGCGGCCUGAGGGAGGAGUGCACGCCGGCGUACGCCGCCGGGGUGCGCGCGCGGUACGGCGGGCGCUGGCUGUGCGGGCUCUGCGGCGACGCCGUGAGCGAGGAGGUCGCCGCCCGGGGCGGGUCGGUUCUGGAGGUGGAGGCGGCGAUUGCGAGGCACGCCGCCUUCUGCCGGUCGCUCGACGGGCGCCGGACGCCGGUCGCUGCCGAGCGGCUCAUCGCGGCGGUGCGGCGGCUGCUCCGCAACGCCGGGGGCAAGGAGGAGAAGGCUGUGGUGGUGGUGGAGAUCCAGGAGGCCUCAUGACCGCCUGCCUGAGACGGAUCGAAGAUUUGUUCUUGCAGGCGGAGCUAGCUAGCUAGCUAGCAAUAGUGCUGGCUUUUUUUUGUUUUGAUAAUUUACAUCUUAGUUCUGAAUAUUUGCAUGCUUAAUUCGCAACAAAAAUGCUGCAAUCUUUCCAGCCCUUGCACAAGUCCGAGGAGGUGUGGAAGAUCAGAAAUUUUGGAAAAGACAAGGGCUGUGGGAGAUUGCAUAUUUGCAUACGAGUAUAUAAAAGCUACAGGAUGGGAGAAUUCCAUCUUACAUGUUAUUUAGUUCAAAUUCACCCCAACUUGUAUAUUUCAUAUGCAUUAGCACUGCUGAAGAUUGAAGGUGAGAAUCAUGUUUUGGUUCAGGGUAAGGAUGGAACAAAUCUGAGCAA